GUUUGGGAUUGGAUGACUUGGGCAGGGGAAUGGUUCCGUUCUCAAUCUGUUUGGAUAUACAAGAUCAAUAUCAGGGAUUAGGUUAAAGGUAAUCACACCACACCUAUAAGACUAGAAAAAGCUUCGCCUGGGGCUGCUGUUCUGCAGCGCAUGUGCGGAGCUUUUGGGAGGACGGAACAUUUUGGAAGCGGCACAACAUCUGUUAUUCAAAGAGGCACAAUGUAGCAGACCUUGCCACCGUCGCACAAGUGAAGGAAUUUUCGUAGCGCCUGGACCAAAGUGAAAGUGCGCUGGAAUCUAUAAAUACUCCUUGGGUAACUAGACCAAGUCACGACAGAGCAACCAACUAUUGCCCACCUCCUUUGACCAAGUGCAUGUCGUGCUGCUGCUCAUUGGUUUUGCCUUGGUCUGGUCUAGUUUUUGGCCUCAACAUGGAGGUGUAGGAGUAUACGCAGCACGCCGACCACUGCGCAUGCCACAAGCCCGGACUCGAACUCGCACCCCCCGCCAAUCGAGGCCAGCAGAAAAGCUGGGGGACAAAAAAAAAAGUAGGAGGAACAGCAGGUGACACCUGCAGCACCACCUGCCCAAAUAAGGAACCAAAGGAACAAGCUAUCCAAGGAACACAAAGAGCCCACGGAAUUUAAGCAAUCCGAGAAACCACUGAAACCGAGGAAAGCCAAACAAUUCAGAACCCAACAUAUUUCCAGGACCUUUAAUACAAGAAAUUCUUAAAACACAUGGAAAACUAAAGAAAUUCAAGGAAACUUAGCAAUCCAAGGAACCUACUACGUUUAGGUUACCCAACAGUUCCAAGGGAACUAAGGAAACCAAAGAAUCCUACAAAUUUAAGGAGUUGUAAAAACCCACGGAACCUCAUAGUUGCAAGGAAUUUGAGAAACUUUAGGAAACUGACAUAACACAUAGGCAAGGGAAGAUAUUCAUGAAUUGCAAGGAAUCAAGGAGUUUAGGAAAUCCAUGGUACAUAAAAAUUCAACAGAAAGAUACUAAGGAAUCCUAUACAAUUUGAGGAAUUCAAGAAAACUAAGGACAAAACCCUUCCACAAAACCAGAAAUCAGUAACAGAAAUGGCGGCAGUCGUCCACGGCUGCAGCAGUCCUCGGCAGCGAUCCUGCAACGGCAGUAGUUCCCCGGGAGGUCACCAUGGGUCCUCCUCCGCCUAUCACAAUGUUCCCAAAUACUCGAGAGCCACCAGUCAAACGUUGUAUGCCACCACGCAGCAGUUUUUCGCCGGCAACAUGCCGGACCCGAGCUACGGCUAUGGAAUGUCCUCCUCGGGCGGCCAGCGACCGCUUUCGGCUUCCGCUCUGCCGGAAACUGCGGCGGCCAGCCGGAACUAUUGGGGUCACCACAACGCAUUCUAUCACACGGGCGGCAGGCAUUACAGUAAGCGGAAAUCCGCCGUGGAAUUGCUAGCGGAAUCGAAGCCGUUCUAUAUCAAAUCCGAGGCGGUAUUUGAGCGACUGCAGCAGGCUAGCUAUCGCAACGGUGGUGGUAACAAUGGAGUAGCCAGCGGUAAAAGAGGUCGCCGACCGGAGGAAACGCACACCGUGCAUGGUCACCAUGGCUAUGAACUGGAGGACAGGCGGUACAUGAGUCUAAAUCUCAGCCGCCAGCAGCAGGUGCAGCAGCAGGUGCAGCAGCAGGUGCAACAGCAGCAGCAGCAGCAACAGCAACAGCAGUAUCUGCACAACCACCAUCCCCACCCACACCCACACCAGCACCCGCUCUCCCGCCACGCCCAAGGCCAAGGUCAAGGUCGCUCAGGAGGAGGAGGAGGAGGCGGCGGCGGCGGCGGAGCAGCCGUUAAUAACAACCUACUGCAGCACAAGUUGCGCAUGCUACUCGGCUCGGAGGCUGGAAAGGAGCGAAAUGGCGGAACCUUGAGGCGCCACGAGCUGAACGACGGCUCCAGUGCGGAGCUCCUGCCCACGGACUACGGCGAGGAGGAGGUCGGAGGUCAGGCGGGCGCCCUGCGCAUUCCCCCGCCCCUCUACAUGCCCACCCACAGUUUCGGGCGGGAUGGCGAGGAGCCGCUCGUGCUCACCGAAAACUAUCGACCCAUCAGUCCGCCCGCCGAGUAUGCGGCCAAGUCGGGACAGGCUCACAACGAUCGCUACAGAUACAACUACCAGCGUUCGUACUCACACUCUCAUGAGGUACCCAAUUCGGGUGAGGAUCGCAGUGCUCCGUACCCCUCCGGCGACUACAACAUCAAUAGCCACAAGUCGCUGCCGGAUUUGCACACGCAGAUCAGUCGCCAUUCGCCGCACAGCGAGAUCCUGAGCUGCUGCAGCCGUGGCAACCGGUCGAUAAAGUCCGCCGGCGAGUCGUCGAUCAAUCGGGAUUCGGGCGGCAGCUCCGGCCACUACACCCAUCGCAGCGAGCCCUGCUACAAGCGGGAGCGUCAGCGGGAUGUUGCCGCCCCGGCGAGCGGUACAAUCAAGAAUUGCUGCACUUUGGUGGCCACGACGCGCCGAGAUAGUGGCUCCUCCACCCAGCACAGUGCCAACUCCUACUGUGGCUAUGUCACCCCGGCAGGGGACUACUCUGGGAUGAGUGGACGCAACACGGAGUGCUUGGAUUGCCGCUGCAAACAGGACACCUCCGCGAUGGGCUCGGAUUAUCUGCUGAAUUUCACGCCCACGCCGGAGGUUCCGGAGGCCUUUCAGGACGACUACACCCCCACGCCUCCGUCGCCCAGGCUGAAGACCCAGACGCCACGAUACUCGAGCUCCUCCAGCCAGCAGCUGCACACCAGCUCCCAGGGCUACACGAGCAUCAAUCACUCGCAGAGUUCGCUGGUCCAGAGCCCCGGUUCAGCGCCAUCCGUGGACGACAUCAGUCCGCCGCCCAUUCAGUUCAAAAGGCAGCGCUGCAUUCGCUUCAAGAACCGCAAUCGACUGCCGGUUCAAGGAGAAAUGGUAGGACCACCAGGAUCGGGUGGCCUGGUGGUCGCAGGAUCUGGAGGAUCUGGAGGAAUGGCCACGGCUGGCGGUGUCGGUGUGCUGGCCGCCUACAAGCAGCAUCGCGGCAGUGUGGACCACGAGAACGUGUUCUUCCCCAAAGGUUUCUCCUCGGAGGUCUACCACAACAGCUUGGACAUGGAGAGGGAGGCCCUGAACGCCAGCAUUUCGGAGCUGGAGAAGUUCUUCGAUCGCCUGGGCCUGAACGACGAGGCCUUCCACGAAAUCUACAGUCAGCCAAGGAGACAGCACCACUCCGAAACGGACGAUGCCUCGGAUGACUCCAGCACGGUCUUCUUCUCGGACGUGAGCACCGUGGACUCGAUGAGAUUGCCGGACAGCACGGAAACGCAGCCGCAGGCCACGCAGGCAUACCGACCCUCGGAGCCGCCGUCGAUUGUGGAACGCAACGCCAGGAUCAUCAAGUGGCUGUGCAACUGCAAGAAGAUGCAGUGCACCUGAGGUUCGCCGGGGCAGUGCAGCUGCGGAUUCGGAUUUGGAUUCGGACGCUAGCGCUUCACUGGCUUAAUAACUCCACUCGACCACCCCGAUUUCUAAACGACUGCGAUGCAACAAUACACUGAUCACUGAUAGAUGGGUGUGGUGAUUUUGAAGGUUGUAAAACUGACACAAGGACGAAAAGUAUUCGAGGGGAAUCAAAUUUAAGCUUUUCAAAGUCAAAGAGUAUUUUUAAAAAAGUAAAUGGGUUUUUUUUAAAUACUCCUUGAUUUUGGAAAGCUCAAAUUUUGCUAACCAAAAUAAAGUAAUAACAUAUCUUAAAAAAAAGCAAUUUCUUAACCACUUUUGCUUUGAAAAUAACAUAAGGAAUAUUCAAAGCUCAAAAUAACAAGUACUUAAAUUUAAAAUAACAAAAGCAACAUAUUUAAUGCUUAUAUACGGUUAAUAAAUAUUUUCUGCUUCACUAAGAAGUAAAAUAAACCAAUUUAUAGUCAGAGUUUAUUUAAAUACCUACAGAAAAGUAAAGUCGAGCCACAAUAAUGUAUUUGCAUAAAAAGGAUAAGGGUUUUUAAAUUGAUUUUGAAAUACUACACAUAUAAAAUAAAGGUUACAAAUUCAACGUAUGCUUUUUUAAAUACGAAAACGAAUAAAAUAAAAUGUGAAGGCUUAAGAAAUAUCCAAUAUGAUUUAAGACAACCGAUACAAAUAAUUAAAAAUUCUUAAAACUAAAAAAAAUUUCAAAUUUAAAGCACGAAAAUUAAUUUAAUUUGAAAACACCAAAGAAAAUUAUUAAUAAUAUUGAGAAAGGUACAAAUGUUUAUCCCGCAUAAACUUUUCUAGCAAGGAAGGCAAAAUUUCGGUGAUUUUUAAAUUGAAAUGAUUUUUUUCUCAGCUUACAGAAUGUACUCAGAGAUAACUUUUCGUCCUUAUGUUUGGUUUUCUCCAACAAAAUUACCCACCUGUCCACGAAAAUCCACAAAAACACUGCUCAAGAAGUACAAUUAAGCCAGUUGAAUGUUUCGAACAUGAUUAGCAUGGUUAGCCUCACCUACCUGUACAAUGGAACUAGGAAUUACGAGAGCAGGAGUCUCGAUUUCCCGAUUUCCCGAUUUAUCGAUUAUGGAUGUGCGUUUUUCCUCCUUUGAUGCGCUUCGUUCUCGCGCAGAUCAAUUACACCAUUGAUAUUUGUAUUGCCAACGGUAAUGAUAUUGAUAUUGUCUUACGAAUACUAAUCAACUAGCAAGCGAUCGUUCAUAUUACUCUUAUACACAGCGGUAUUAUUAGAUGAAUUAUUGUACAAUUAGUUCUUAUAACUUAUAUAUAUAAAUAUAUAUAUAUAUACAUAAACGACUAGUUGCCAAACCGAAAACAAAAACAGUACACGAAACCACUAAAAUCACAAAUUGAAAUUGAAAUGAACCUACCUAUUUAUGUAAUUGUACAUGGUUUGCAUGGCGAAUAAAUAAAAUAUUUAUGAUUAUCAAAUUAAUUGAAAUAUACAUAGAAAAUCAC